AUGAGCACUGCAAGCAUAUAUAAUAGUAUUCCAUCAUUGAGUUCAAUGUCAAGAUCCGGUGUUGUUGUAUCAUCUUACGCACUGGAGCCAUACCAGGACCUGAACCAACCCGAUGAGUUCUUUACCGUUUACUUACUUUAUCGCAAUAGCUACGUCUUCCCCAAUGAAGAUAUUAAAAGUGCGCGUUUCAAGUUAGAGAUAACAACUCCAUUUGAUCAUUCACAAAUACAAGUAGCAGUAAUUGAGGAGUUGUUAAAACUUGAUGUGGUAGGUAAUGCUUAUUUAUGUAUUGAUGUGGUGGUUCAAAGUUGUGAGAAACUUCUAAAUGCACUUUCAAAGGCAAUGAUUGUCGACCUUAGAGUAGGACCAGAGCAUGAGUACCAUGAUAUGGCGAGUUAUGAAGGGAAUAAAGAAGCACUUAUGACAUAUCUAAGGAUCAAGAAGAUAAUUAGGUCGAGUAAUGAGGUUGAUAUUGUUGAUUGUCUUUGUUCAAUUUGCUUGGAGGAGUUUGAGUCGGAACAAGAACUUGCGAAUCUUCAUUGUUCUCAUAUAUUUCAUGGGAACUGUUUGGUUUCUUGGACUGUCAAGGGAAAAAAUAGUUGUCCAUUAUGUCGACGUAAAUUCAUGUAUGUCUAG